AUGGGAGCACAAGCAUCUGCCUAUCUUGCUCCGAAAACUAUCCAAAAAAAAAGUGAAAAAAACGAAUCGAUUAGGAAUAAUGCAAAUGAUAACAAUACGCUUAAUAAAAUAUCUACAAAAUCUCAAAGAGAAGUUGAACUUCCUGAAAAUGCCAAAGCUUAUUAUCGAAUUCCAAUUCGGGUAAUUUAUCAGUUAAAUUGACUGUAAUCAUAACAGAUUUUUUAGAAAUCAGAAUUCACCAACAAAUCGGAAUCUAAAUCCAAAUCAAAAUCAAAAUCUAAAUCUAAGUCCAAGUCGAAAACCAAAAGUAGAAGUUCUUCGAGCUUUGAAAGGAGUGGAAAAAAUAUGGAAAGUGAAGACAGUGCUAGUAAGUUACUUCUUUUCUUUUGAAACGCUUUUCAAAAGAAAACAAAUCCUUUAAUUUUUAGAUGAUCGUUCUAUCAGUGAAUCCGAACAAGACUUAGUUCAAGGUGCAAACAAACCAGAUGUAUCGAAAAAAGAGAAAUCGAGAAGAGUGAACAUUGGUUCGGAUGCAGAAAGAACUAAAGUGACCGAAAAAUCAAUUCAAGAUGCGUUUAAAAAUCCGCAUAGCACAUUUCUUUAUGCAACACCAGUCACAAAUAUCGCUAAAGAAAAAGUGCAAAAAGAAGGCAUAUUUUUGGAAAAUGUGGCUUAUCGAAUGAAUGACGAGCAAACUAUUUAUGAAAUUCCAUUGGAAUCAGUUGGUCUGCGAAUGUCAAGAAAUCGGACAACUCGGUCAAAAGUUGAUCCGUGGAGAAAACAUGGAGCACUUAUGAAAUUGUGUGAAAUUGGUGGAAAUGUUCCGGAAUUCAAGGGAAAAGGAAGGGUAAAAACGUAUGUAUAUGUGAAGAAAGGAACACAACCACCUCCACCGCCCAGUAAGUUGAACGAAAUAAUUAUCAACACUAUGAUCAAAUAAAAAUUGAGUUUCUUUUUACAGAAUCAAAACCACUCACCAGUGUUGGAGAAUACAUGACAUUCAAGAAUGUAAAAAGUUGAAUUUCAAUAAAUUUUAAGUAAAUAAAUAAAAACUAGCGAAACUUCGCAAAAAAAAAUGAAAAAGAAUUCUUUAUAUAUAAGAAAAACACAUUUUAACUUACCGUACUCUGAAGGCACACAGACGUUUUCAAAGAAUAUCUCACAGCGAUGUAUUUUUUGGAUUUCUCUCGGACUUUUUCAUUUCCAGCGUUUUUCAUUUUCAGCGUGGUUUCUGGCUUCCACGCGACUGUCUUCAUUAUUUGUAGUAUUUAAUAAAAGGUAGACAUGGCUAUACGUUAUAUUUUGAUAAUUUUGGAUGUUGCAGAUGUCAAAUAUCGAUACAAGAGUUAAUUAUACAUCAACACUAUGGCCUUUGGUUUCGGACCCUGAAACAUCGAUUGAAAAAGUGGGAAAAGUGAUUAUUGAACACAAAAAAGCUGGAACUCUGCCAGAUCAACGAACAAUUCAGGUAAGAUAUUCAAAAAAUUUCUAAUCACCAUCGAACUCUAAAAAUUUCAGCGAGAUCUUCAAAAUUUCUCGCGCAAACAACUGUUUAUUGAAAUGGUCCCCAAAAACAUUGAAACUCAAGAAUUUUGCACCGGAAUAAACUUUUUGGUAAUAAAUUACUAUCACUUGAUUUUAUAAAUUCAAUUCUGUUCCAGGUCAAUUUGAUGAGCGUGAAAGAGCAUGUGAAGAGGACGAAGCUGAACAACUAA